AUGGCUCAUCUUCUUGGAAGUAAAGUUUGUAUUGAUAGUUUACGUGUUGAUAUUGAUGAUUUACAAAAUGUUGUUUAUGAUAUUAUUGGAAAAACAGGUUCAAUUAAAUGUCAUUCAUGGAAAUUUCCAGAUAAACUAGCAACAGACGUUGAUAUUAAUGAAUUACUUGAACGAUAUCAAUAUGGAAAAAAUGAUCUUGAUAAUCAAGUUUCUCAUAUUAUUUUAUUUGAAAUUAUUAUUGAUAGAUUAUUACUCGUGGUACAUGGUUCAUGGCAUUUUUUACAUGAAGCUCAAACUAAAUUGUUACCGAAUACGAUCGAUUCAUCAUCAACUAUUAAUCAACAAGCAAGUCUUAGUGUUGGUUUAGUAGUAAAAAAAUAUUGGAAUAAAUUAUUGCACUUAAUCACCAUACUUCAACAGCAUGAGACUAAUCGUAAACGAUCACAUCACACAACAUCAUCAAUACGAUCAAAAUCAAAUCUAAAUACUGAAAAACAUUGUCAAACAAUUGAAACAUCAUUGGGUCCAUGUUCAACAUGUAUUCAAUUUCAACAAUAUCUUCAUAAUUAUAGUGAAAGUAUGAUAAAUCUAUGUCAUUUAUAUAGUCUACCAUCAUCUCUUGCACAUUAUCGAUGUUCAACAUCACCAAUAUCUGAAUCUAUAUUACCAUUAAAUGAUAUUAAUCAUUGGUUUGAUUCUCAAUCAAAAGAUUUUGAUCAUCUAUCAAAGCAUCUUGAAUAUUUAAAUAAUACAUUAAAUAAAACCAAAAAUGAUUUAGAUUUAAGUGAAAAUCAUUGUAAACAAUUAAAUGAAACUAAUCAUCAUUUACAACAAAUAAUUCAUGAUGAAAAAGAAUCAAAGAAAAAAUUAGAAGAAUUACAUGCUAAUAAAUUAAUUGAAAUAAAAAAAGAUUAUGAUCAAUGUCAAUUAAAUUUAAAUGAACAAAUUAAAUUAUUAACUACACAAAAAAGUAAUAUUGAACAACAAUUAAGAGAAAUUACUGAAGAAUGUACUUCAAGAGGUGAACAAAUUGAAAAACUAGAAUCAACAAAAAAUGAAUUAAAAAUUCUAAUGGAAGAUCGAGUAAAAUCAGAUGCUUUAAUAAAAACAUUAGAACAAGAUCGUAUUCGUUUACAAACUGAACUUGAUGUGGUUAAACGUGAUCUUGAAGAACGUAAUCGUGAUGUACAAAAAGAACGAAUACGUAUUGAAAAUAUGAUUCGACAUGAAGAAAAUUAUCAAUCAAAACAAAAAACACUUACUAAAUCACAUGAAGAAUUAUCAAAUGAGUGUGAAUCAUUGAAAAAAAAAAUAACAGAAUUAGAAAUUGAACGAGAUGAAUUACAAAAAUCAUUUCAAAUAAUUCAACAACAACAACAAAAACAAACAUCUUCAGAUAAUACCAAAGUUCAAGCAUUUAUGGAAACACAUAAUCAUGUUUUGCAAGAAGUUACUUCUCUUAAAUCAAAUAUUGAACAACUUCAACAACAAAUUCAACAAAUGACUGAACGCGAGAAAAUUUUAUUACAAUACCCUGUCUUAAAUGGACCUAAUCAAAAUACAUCCACAACAAAUAAUUUCGUUCAUGAUAUGCAAAAUCAAAUGCGAACAAAUGAGUUUCGUAUUGAUUCAUUACAAAAACAAAAUGAUUCUUUAAAAUUUUCAUUAGAAAAACUUCAACUUACAAAUAAUCAUACUAAUCCAUUGUUAGUAACAGAAGAACGUUAUGAAAAAUUAAGAAAUCAAUCAAAACAAGAACAAUCCUAUCGUCAAUAUUCACAUGCAAAUGAAACAUUACCAUCAAAACCAAAACAAACACCACUAUGGUUAUUAAAUAAUGAAAUACUCGAACAACAACAAGCUUUUACAGACACAAGAUUAACAACAACAAAAAAUGACAUUCCACAUUUGAAUGAAAAUGAAUAUGCUGAAAAUAGAUGGAUUAAAUCAGAUCAAGAUGUAAAUAUUGAAACAUUAUCUCAACAGCAUCAUCAUUUAGGAACAACAUCUUCUACACGUAUUCAUUCAACGAAUCUUGUAAUACGAACUGAAUCUCGUCCACCAAUUAUAAAUCUUUCAUCUCAAAUUUUAAAUCAUAGUCGAACACCUUCUAUUCCUUCACGAUCGAAUCAUGAAAUGACCAUUGGCAAAGGUCGAUUAACGCCAUCAAAUCGUCCAUCAACUUCGAACGAACGUACUCGACGAGAUAGUUCAUUACCGAAAAAUUCUCGAACUAUAUCCUCAGCUAAAAUACAACGUUCAUCAACUAAUAAUAUCAUACAUCGAUGUACAACUUGUAAUAAAUCAUAUGAUGAUAAACGAAAUUAUGAAUUACAUAAAUUAUAUUGUAGGACUUAA